GAGCUCUAAAAUGAUAUUACGCCGACGUAUCCCUACUCCGUCGUAGUACAUACAGUUCGUGAAAAUCGAAAGUAAAUUAAGAAGUUGAUUGUGGAACGGUCAGUCAGAUACAAGAACCACCAGAGUGAGAAACGAACUGUUGAGAAUGAAUAAAGUAAUAGCCAUUACUACCCUUCUUUCCCUUGCUGGGGCCGUAUGGGGCUAUUCGGGUGGCGCCCCCGAAUCCGUUUGCGGGGAUAUGAUUCCGAAACAUCCCGCCGACCCUCAAAAGUCGCCGUUUCCUUACAAGGUCACAGUCGACAAUGGUCUAGUCAAGCCGGGACAGGAAGUCAAAAUAACGGUGACAGGGAAACCAUUUAAGGGAUUUAUCAUCCAGGUCAGGGAUGCGAACCAGAAAGCUGUUGGAAGCUUCCUGAUACCCGCGGAUGACAAGUUCAUGAAGGCGAUAAAUUGUCACACCAAUAAAGGGAGCGCCGCUACUCACAAAAACUCCACGGACAAAAGCGACAUCACUUUGGUCUGGAAAGCACCUGAAGCUGCUGGAAAAUAUACUGUUACAGCCACAAUUGCCCAAGAUGGGGCCACCUUCUGGACCGCAAAACCCACCGAAGUCAUCAAUGUAGAAUAAUUUAUUUUAAGCAAAUAAAGGUAUUUUUAGUAAUGUAUAAA